AUGGGACAAAGUCGUCGACAGUCGUCUCUGGUCAAGUCUAUUUCAAAAGGCGUGAGUCGUGAUCCCGACCGCUUUAAAAAGACAUGCUGGGGCCAGCUUGUGGCUUUUUUCACGAUCAACGGGAUAAAGCUCAUUCGAUAUGAGCCGAAAUUAUUCAAUACCCUCCGCCAUGAGGCAUGGGAGCUCAAUGAAGAUGACUAUCAAGCCAGUUUCCGCCCUACCAACGGCCAGCCGCCGUUGAAAGCGAUGGGGGAUCUGGGUUACUCCGGCUCGAGUCUUCCUCGGCGAUUUGAAUAUUCGUUCUUCGAAGCAGAUUUUCUGGAGCCCUAUCAGAAGCAUAUGUGCGAGCAUCCAGAUUCGGUGCUUGUUUGGAUUACGGAUUAUAUCCUGUCUCCUUAUGUGACCAUGGGGACGCUUUUUGGUCUCACUCCAGGGCACCACAUUGUCAUGGAAAACAUUCUUCGUGGUCGAGAGGAUGACCCGCGCAGAGAUGAGUGGGAAACGUACGAUCUCAAGCCAAUCGACUAUUUCUACCCAGAGCGUGAUCUCUUUCCAGAGAGCCUUGUCAGCGAAGAGACGAUCAGCAAGUUGGCCGACAGUUUCAAUGAUAAGUUGCAUCUCACGCGCGAGGAUCAUGAUAAAUUCUGGAAGGCGAUACAAACAGACACUCAGUUUCUGAAGGACACCAAUGCCGUCGAUUAUUCACUCUUCUUGGUUCGAAUUCCGGCGUCUUCCAGUCCUGUGGCCCUAGGCAGGCAGAGCGCUUGGCAUGCUGGUCUCCCAUCCGCUGACGGCAAGUGGAAAUACCACGCUGUGGUGCUGGACUUUUUCUGGGCCCGUCAUAAGCUCCAUGCCCAAGCCAUGUCUGGUGUGGUGCAGACAUUCAACGUCAUCGGGCGCAAAGGGCCUAUGUCCAUAACGACUACUGCAGAUGAAUAUCGGCAAAAUUUUCUUUCGAUGGUUAAGGGCAUGAUUGUGGUGGAUUAG